GUUGACAGUGUGUUUCGUAUAGCCUCGAAAAAGAUAGGUGGGCACUCAUGACAUUUCUUCUUGGGUUUUUAUUGCAUAUCAAAUACAGUUAAACAUUCUAUAUUCCAUGAAGCUGAACUUUGUGCUGUAAGUGAUUUGGCUGAUCCAACGAGUAGGAAAGUCAGAUCUACGGAGGCCUGAUUUUAGGUCCUUUACUACCCAGCGGUGUUCAACAGAGCCAAAAUGGCAUCCGCCCCUGCGCAGCAACCCACACUCACAGUGGAACAGGCCCGAGUGGUGCUGAGCGAGGUGAUCCAGGCCUUCUCUGUGCCAGAGAACGCAGCGCGGAUGGAGGAGGCCAGGGAGAGCGCCUGCAACGACAUGGGCAAGAUGUUACAGCUGGUUCUUCCCGUGGCCACGCAGAUCCAGCAGGAGGUCAUCAAGGCUUACGGCUUCAACAACGAGGGCGAAGGUGUCCUUAAAUUUGCCAGGCUGGUGAAGAUGUAUGAAACACAGGACCCAGAAAUUGCAGCCAUGUCCAUCAAGCUCAAGUCCCUCCUUCUACCACCUCUUUCUACACCUCCCAUUGGAGGAGGUAUUCCAGCCUCCUAGGCUUACCAAUGAUCAACGAGGAAGCCACAUGACUUUACUAUGGUCAUUCUGAAAAAAAAAAAACUGAAAUUGGGAAAAGUGCCAGGAGCAUUUUUUUCUGUUACAAAAAGGCUCAUUUUUUUUGUCUAAUGGGAUCCCACUGCAUUUUCUAUAACAUUCCCAUGGCAUUUGUCUUGAGUUAAAUAUCAUUGAAGCACCACUGGCCUUUUCGCCAACAUGUAAACCAAUGCACUUUGGAAAUAUAGGUGUUUAUUGAUGAGGGUGUUUCAGAAUGUGUCAUUGUUUUGUACCAUAUAACUAAUGUCAAAAGAUUACUCAAUUAGGCACCCAUUUCUAUAUCGCAUGACGGACCUUACUUUUAGCUCUCACCCCCUUUCGCCCUCAACAUUAAAAACGCAUACACACACUAACAAUACUGACAUUUUAACACAUUUUUAGUAAUGUGCAUCUUACUUUUUCUAUCUGUGGAAGAAACACAACACAUACAUUCUCUCACUAUCUUUUCUGGAACAUAAACAUACACACCCAGUUUAUUCACACUGACAGGGAUAGCCCCAGAAUUCCUAUGGAACACCAUGGAGAAGUAUGAAGGCCAAAAUCAGCCAAUUUGCCUGUAUGUUUUGAAAAGUGUAUUUCUUUCUCAUCUUUUACAUUUCUAGUAGACAACUAGCAUUUUUGAAAAUUAAAAGAUGGAUCAUGGUUGUUAUUAUUGCUUAAUAAAUGUAUAAUGGUAA